CAAACUUCAGGGAGGUUGAGUUUUAGCUACAACAGUUUAGUUUUCUUUAACGAUAUUUUACUCUCGUAAUACCUUCAAUCGAACACGAAGAAUUUUGAAAGUUUCUGUAUACUAAUAAGUUUAAACAAAACAAAAGUGAAGGAUUUAAGACGGUAUUGAAGGGACGGGUGUAAGUCAAGCUCAAGCGUGAAGGAAAGAAUUAUGGAAUAUCAGAAGGCGGAAACAUUAAAUCUCAAAUUAUAGUAUUUCAACUGAAAUCGAUUGAUUCAACUUAGUGAGAAUUGAAAACGAAUAAAUUGGAAGACUUCAAAAAUGGUUGUUAAUAACCAAAUGAAAGGAUUGAAGACGUUUAUUUCAGAUUUAAGAAAUUUGAAGGAAGAGAAAGACGAGGAAAAGCGGAUAAAUAUUGAAUUGGCAAAAAUACGCGCUAAGUUUCAAAGUUCGACACUUUCUGCAUAUGAUCGAAAAAAGUAUGUCAGCAAACUCUUGUAUAUAUAUAUGUUGGGAUAUCCAAUAUCUUUCGGCCACUUGGAGGCUGUUAACCUUCUUACUGCUACGAAGUAUAGUGAAAAGCAAAUUGGAUACUUGGCCGUCGCUCUGCUUCUAAACGAAAAUCACGAUUUAAUUAGGUUGGUCAUCAAUAGCAUCAGGAAGGAUUUGCUGAGCUUAGAUCCAGAUAAAAAUGCUCUUGCGCUCCAUGCUGUAGCCAACUUUGGAGGUCGCGAGUUGUGUGAGGCAGUAUAUCCAGAGAUACAACAGUUGCUAAUGUCUGCCGCAACUGAAAACAUUGUACGUCAAAAGGCAGCCCUUUCCCUACUUCAUAUAUACAGAAAGUUUUCUGAUAUAAUGGAUAUGGACUUGCUAGAACCCAUAAUUAUGCUCCUUGAUGACGAUGAUUUAAACGUUUCGCUUGCCGUUUCAAAUUUUGUCUUCUUAAUUAUAUGUAGAGAGCCAUCUUUACAUGGACUUGUUUGUAGAAAGGCUAUCCAUAAGUUAAAGUUAAUUGUUUCUGGAAGAGGCUAUUCAUCCGGCUAUAUCUACUAUUCUGUCCCAUGCCCUUGGUUACAAGUAAAUCUUUGCCGUAUACUACUAAUUUGCCAUGAAGAAGUGACUGAUGAAACUACGAAGAGGACUCUUAUUAAUGUAUUGGACCGAAUGUUAAGUAUUUUUAAAGAUUAUAAAGACAAUAAGCAUCUUAAUGUCAUAAACGCUAUUCUAUUUGAUGCAAUAAAGCUUGCAUUUGCAGUCGAUGACUCUGGUUCACUUUAUCAAAAGUGCAUGAAAUGUCUCGGUGAAAUGAUUUCCAACAAAGAACCUAACGUAAGGUAUCUGGCUUUUGAUACGACAGCUUAUUUAAUUUCGUGUGGGCAUAGUUUACCCUCCCUGAAAACACACAAAGAUCUUAUAUUAUCGUCUCUUCGUUAUAAAGACGUGUCUAUUCGUAAAAAAAGUUUAGAGCUUUUGUAUAUGAUGUGUGACUCAGAGAACUCUAAAACCAUGGUGAAUGAGUUAUUGAUAUACUUGCCUUAUCUUGAUUCUGUUUCUCAAGAGGAUCUAAUAUCCAAAGUUGCCUCUCUUACUGAAAUUUAUGCCGAUGACUACAAGUGGUAUGUGGAUGUUAAUCUACAGCUUCUUCGUGUUGCAGGAAAAUCCGUGAAUGAUGAUGUCUGGCAUCAACUUGUUCGCGUUAUUGUGAACAAUGAAAGUAUUCAACAGUACGCGGUUCGCAACCUUUUUAAACUACUUCAGUCGGACUCAACUCACGAUAGUCUCACCCGAAGCGGUUGCUAUAUAUUGGGAGAAUAUGGUUAUUUGAUUGCCAAUGAACCAGGAAGUGGUCCUCUACAGCAGUUUAUUACUGUUUACAAGAAAUUACAUACAUCAUCUGUUGGGACUAGUGUUCUUUUAUUGACAGCUUUAUUAAAGCUAUCAAAUUUACAGCCUGAUUUACAUAAGCGUGUCGCAGCCGUUUUUAAACGGUAUUCUGUGAGUUUAAAUACGGAAGUGCAGCAAAGGGCAUGUGAAUACUUACAAUUAUUGACUCUUCCUAAAGAAUUUUUAUCCAUUGUUUGUGAAGAAGUUCCUGUUUUUACAAUCCCCGCUAAAAAGAGUUUGCCGUCUAUCAGUAAUAGAUCGGAUGUUUCUUUAACCGAUUCCGUAACGUCGACGAAAGAAAUUGAUGUCUCUUCUAGUCUUCCUGGGUUCUACCGUCUUUGCUGGAGAGACAAAGGUAUAUUGUAUAGGGACUCUCAAGUACAAGUAGGAGCUCUCGUAGAAUUUCGUGAUCUACAAGUCUGUCUUUCAUUAUACUUUGAAAAUAGAAAAACAGAAACGUAUACCUCAUUUUCAUCGACUCUACUUAGAACAUUUCCCAAUUUUAAAGUCGAUUCAUCUUUUACAGACACAAUAUUCUCUCCCGACAAACAAUUACAGCAAAGGUUCUCGGUUGACCGACUCGACGAACUGUUUGAUCCACCUAUUAUUCGUGUCUCAUUUCUGGCAGGUGUGAUGAGAAAAGUCAAUUUAAUGUUACCUAUUGUUUUAUCCAAAUUUUUACGGCCAACAUCCUUUGAUAGCUCUACUUUUUUUCAAAGAUGGGGAUUGAUUGGUGUGGAGCGAGAAGCCCAGUUGGCUUUUGGCUUAAAUGGCAUAAAUAGUAGGCUUGACGAAAGGCGAUUGAUGAAAAUUGUUACAGGACUUCACUGGGGAAUAUGCUCAGGAAUUGAUACCAAUGUUAGUAACAUUGUUGGUGCAGGUAUUCUUCAACUGAAUGCCCAGAAUAUAGGCUGUUUACUUCGGCUUGAGCCUAAUUAUCAAAACGAUAUGAUCCGCCUAUCAAUUCGUUCGACAAAUACGACUGUUGCGAACGUUCUUGCAACGAACAUGCAAGAUAUACUAAAGAAUUCAUUUUACUCAAAUACAUGAAAAUCGGUUUCUCAUUUUUAAGAUUUAUUUAAUUCAAAGACAGUGAGAUUAUGAUGAAACCUGCUAAAGCCAUGGACGGUGCUUUUUCUGGGUUCCAUGAAACAAAUACGUGCAGACAUACAUGAUUUAUCUGUUGGCAUAUGUUUGAAAGACAUGUAGGCAUCUUCAUUUGCAGGUUCAAUGGGUUCGUCGACCAAAUAUUCUUACGACUUAUUCAAUGUUUCAAAAAUAUCAUCGCUUAAAGUUUGUGAAGCUAGAGAUCGCGUCGUUUAAUCUCGUAUAUUGAAGGCAAAUAAUUUAGUCUUGCGUCGUUAUAUCAAUAAUUUUGACCUUUCGAGUGUACGACUGUCAUUAGACCCAUUAUUUCAAUUUGAUUGAUAUGUAAAUCAAGGGAAAACAUCAUUUACUCACAUUCAAAUCUUCCAAACUGAUUCCAACGGGGAUAUAAUUUCUCCUUUGUUUUUUUUUUCUCGAUUUAAUAUAUAUUUUACCAAAAUCUCUAAUUAAUCGUUUUCAGUUUCUUAGGUAGAAAAAAUAAAAAGGUAUAUUAAUUCUAAAAUUAUAUUUCUUGCG